AUGAUUGACAACGUUUUCCCUCCCAAGGCAAAAUGGGGCGUUGACGACAUCCCCGACUUGACGGGAAAGGUGAUGAUUGUGACCGGCAGCAACACCGGCAUAGGCAAGGAGACUGUUAAGGCGCUCUUGAAUCACAACGCAAAGGUGUAUAUGGCGUGCCGCUCAAAGACCAAGGCAGAGGCGGCCAUCGCGCAGCUGAAGGAGGAAACGGGUAAAGCAGCCAUCUAUAUACACCUCGACUUGAUGGAUCUCCGGUCAAUCAAAGUAACAGCGGAGGAACUCGAAAGCCGCCUCGAUGUCUUAUUCAACAACGCAGGGAUAAUGUUCCCUCCCAUCGACGACCUUACGAAGGAUGGCUACGACGCGCAGUUCGGGACCAACGUCAUAGGCCAUUUCUUCCUCACGAAGCUCCUCCUCCCCGUCCUGCUCGCCACCGCCCAGACAUCACCGGAGCACACCGCGCGUGUGAUCAACACGUCCUCCUUCGGCCACACGGGCGUGUCCAAGCUCGACUUCGACACGAUGAGAGACGGGCCUGCGAGGCGGAAGCUCGGGCGGUACCAGCUCUACUCCCAGAGCAAAUUCGGCAACAUCGUGUUUUCGAACGAGCUCGCGCGCCGGUACGGGAAGGACGGGAUCGUCUCUGUCUCCCUCCACCCUGGCAUGCUGAAGACCGAUUUGGCAAACAACGCCAGCUUCUUCAAAGCCAUGGUCGGCUGGACGCUAUACCCAGCGCCCAUGGGCGCACUCACCCAGCUUUACGCAGGGACGACGCCAGACGCCGCGGCGCUGAACGGGAAGUAUCUCAAACCCUGGGCCCGCAUCGGCAAGGCGAGGAAAGAGACAGACGAUCCAGAGACGGCGCGCCGGCUUUGGGAGUGGCUGGAGGAGCAAGUGAAAGACGUAUGA